AUGAACCGCAGGUUCCAGCUAGAGAAGCGGUCAUCCAUGAGCAUUCGUGAUCCACAUUUUCCAUUUACUCCGUCUCUCUGGCUCAAAUUUGUUCCACCGUCCGCUGCCGAACACAAGCGUGGAUACUUCUACCGAAAGGGAAGCAUACAUGCUCCUGAAGAAGAGUGCAGACAGGACAAUUGCCGUGCUGUGACGUUCGUAGAUGGUGUGACCAAUGAAGGAGAGAGUCGGUCCUUGUCCAAUCGUGCUGCGUGGUUGGAAGCGAUCGUCCAUCCAGGAGACGAUUCCCUGGGUUCUGUAGCCGUCGACGAGGGCGAAUACCCGCCGCCAAACGACGACAACAAGCAGCGCGGCGAGAAGCGGCAGCGUGAUCGAUCUGAGGCAGACAAGUCUCGCAAGAGACAUCGAGGACAGCCUCUUCUGACAAAAUCCAAAGCUAGACCCUCCCCGCAUAUCUUGCAAGAGAUCAUCCGGGCAAUCUCCAAACCGACCAAAGCAUGCGCCUUUUUCCAUCAUUGUACCGAAAGCGCCCCCGGAGGUGUGAAUGAUGAGUUAGCAGGCGUUCCCUGCUCCAAGGGAAUGCAGCCCAGUGCAAUACAUACAACUCAGGAAUGGCUGGGUGUGGUGCUGAACUGCCCUCCCGAAAAGGUCGUCCACAACGGAGGCAGCACGGGUUCCACGCUUGAUGAAGUGGAAGGCUUCAUUUCCCUGGACUUGGAAGAGGGUAACGAACAACGUAGAUAA